AUGGCUUCCGCAGAAGCGACGGUACUCGUGGGUGAAGUCGCCGCUAUGAAUGAUGCCGAGCUCGCUCAGUUCAUGCAGAAGCAUCGCCUCCCCGACGGUGACUACGAUCUCCCUGUCUAUGGGUGGGACAAGUUGUCCAAAGAUGAACGAAGCCGUCUCGCCGAGAGGCUAGAGGCCCAAAAACGCAGCCUAGCCCAGAGUCCCACGGCGUGCUCUCGCCCACUUGAUCUCGAUGACCUCGAUGCGCGCCUACGUCAAGUAUCACCCAGCAAAAGCUUUUCAUUACGACACGAAACUCAAGCCAUCGAUCGAUCGAGGUCCCCUACACCACCGAUCGAACCGACGAGACUCGAAACCGAGGCUUACCACGAACUCGUCAAUGAUGGCGGCCGCCCACUAUACCCUAUCGACCUUAUCCAGGACGUAUACAGGGAUCCAAAUGACUACGCCGAAAUACUGCGGCCUUGGCAAGAAACUCUUACCCAAAUAAGAGCUGAGGGCAUAUUCCAGAGACAGCGGCAGAGGUGGCAGGAUUUCCGUAAGUGGCAGAACGAUAACCGGGGCCAUGAGGAUAACGAUGGCGGUUUCCCGGCGUACGUUGAGCGUCAGAAACGCCGGAUAAAAGAAGACUAUCCGAAGGAAGACGGCGCCAAGCGCUUGGCAGAAAUCGAAGCUGAUCCAUCAUGCUUCAAGUCGGGAUGGAAUGCACAACAAUCACUACGUGAGCGGCAGCGACGUCUCUGUAGAGAACGCGGCUGUCGAGGGUUUCGCGACUACGCCGAAGCGGUGAAGCGCCGGCUUACGCGCCACGACUUCACCCAAACAUUCGAGCUCGACCAAGACCCCAAGAAACAGGACAAGCUGACGACGUGGAUCGAGUACCUCAACUACGAGUACUGGUGGCUUGACAAGUACACCAGCGACAUCGAACGCUUGGAACCAGAGCACGACAAGUUGUGGCAAGAGCUCGUCGAUGAGAAGGUCCUGAGACCCCACGAGACGAAGGAGUUCGUGCGAACUACGGCGUCGCCGAUGGAGCGCCAAAAUGAAGACGAUAUGGCUUGGAAGGCUGUACAAAGGGCAGAGUUAGAAGCGAAACGAAUCUAUAUAUUGACCCAAGAGGAUCCAAAGCGUUUGGAUAUUCCCAAGGCAAAACGAAUAUCGAUGUUGAAAGUUGGCGCAGAGAAAGUAUUUGCUGCAAAGCGACGGUUCGAGAAGAUCCGAGAUCGGAAUCAUCGAAUCGGGGAAUUUAUUCGGGCCACAUUCGGCUACGCGGGUGCAAAGAGAGACGCUGCUCGUCAUCGUAUUCUUGUGCAGUGGGUUUUAGACCAGAUUCCUUUAAUUGAGGCCGAGGUGAACCCAUCCAAAACAAACAGACCUAAGUCUGAUCGAACGGGAGGAACGAAGAGGAGGCUCACCAUUGGCGAAGACCUCGCAGAAGGACAAAGCUCGAAAAGGGUCAGGUUUCAUCUUCGCGAGCUCGAAAUAGCCAGCACAAGGGUUCCAUCAAACACCACAGAGACGCGGGCAGAACCCGGGACGGUAAUGGAUCAGGGAACGGCUCAAGNAAGCGCAAAUGGCGAGGAGACAGUCGCGAAGCAUCAAUCAGGGUGGUAUAGCUAA